CAAGUGUUAAGGUCACCGAAUCAGAGCGUCUUCUUGCAGAUCAGCUUUAAGUUAUACCGACCCUGGCCCUUCUCAUCAAGCUUAACGCCCGUCCAUUCCAUUCUGCUGGUCGCGCGCGAUCGUGCAGGGGAGCGCGAGCGUUGCAUGGCCACGGUUACGUCUUUAUUCUGCUGGUUUCGGGUUAUGUUCUUUGUAAUGCUUGAAAACAUUAUUUAUUUACGAAGUCUAAUGCACCUGCACCGAAAUAGUUGUCGGACAGUGGGAAAAUUCACAGCUAGCAAUGCAUGCAACAACCUAAUAAUAUAACAGAUUAAUAUAUCCGUCAGUUUCAGUCGCGUCCACUACGUAGCACGUAGGCAAGAGUCGGCUAGUAGACGGGACGACCGAAACUACCAAACGACCGAACAGCCGAUCCGAAAGCUCUCGAAGAAUGGAGACUAGAGACGUCCCGACCUCACUGCAAGCAACCGUUACUUCCGAAACAAAAGCAUAAGCGCUUGACGUCACAUGGGUAAAAAUACUUCGUACUCUCAGGGAGAGCACCCCGAACGGCAGCUGAACCAUUGCUGCUGGCAGUACGAUUGCCAGCUCAACGACAGCAUAGAGACGACAGGCUGAGUAACUGCUGAAACGAGAGAAACGGUGUGCGACGAGGCGAACGACCCGACUCCACCUUCCGCUGGACUCGCGCGCUGCUAACAAAACUAGUUGAAGGAACGCAGGACGCGAAAGGCACUGCAACGGAUACAGUGCUUGCUAACUACGGUUGUUGCUGAGCUACUUCUUGGUAGUGAAAAUGUCGACGCGUUGACGCUCUAGGCGAGGGCUGUGGCGGUGGUGCUGGUGCUGGUGCAGAUGGGAGAGGAGGAGGGCAGCUUUCUACCGCCUUGCUGCUUGGGCCGCUGGAGAUAACAUAAACAGCACCAUUUGCAGUUAUGUCUCUAAGCAAGCCUUUUAUUGAAGAGGAUACAGGACCACUUCUGACUUUAGGAGAUCGCGUGGUGUGGUUGUUUGAACAUGGACCUGAACAUGGCUGGGUCCGCUGGAUUGGACGAAUUCCUGUCGUUUCUCCCAACUGGACAGUUGGCGUUGAAUUUGAUAAUCCAAUUGGAGCAGGAGAUGGGAAAUUUGGUGGAAAACGCUACUUCUAUGCCAGAAAUGAUCAUGCUUACUUUCUACCUAACUCAAGUUUGCUUCGUGCUUGUGACUACAACAGCAGUUUUCGAAAACAAAGUUCUCUUGGAGGGUCUACACCAGGUUUCCAAGCAAAGAUGUACACCUUCCCACACCAGUACAGUGUGGCCAAGUGCCCCUUUCCUGGCUCUACAAAUGGUGUUGAAGCCACUCACUUAACUGCAGCUCGCCUUAUCAGCUCCGGCAGCAGCACCAACAGGGAACGUGGUGUGUGUGGCUCUAGCAAGUUGCACCGGUCCCAGUCCACUCAUGCAAAGGAUGAGCCCAACUUAUCAGACUAUGACAACUGGCUAGAUGGCAAGGAUCCAUGCAAUGUGCAUGUGAAGUCAUGGAAAAGCAGCAGCACCCAUUCAGUCGUGAGCUGUCCACCUGUGCUGCUUCCCAAGAUGCUUGUGACACGUGAGCAGACCUCAAGCUCAGACAGUGAUAAUAAUUUUGGGAGCCUGCGUUCUCUUAUGUCCUGUUUCACUUUAGGCUCCCAUCGUAAAAAGAAGCGUAGGAAGAAAAAGAAGAAAAGCCAUCGUCUGGUGAUUGUGACAGGCUCAGACAACAGCAACUACUGUUGUUCUGGCGGAAGUGUAGCUGCUGCACAAGUACAGCCACAUGUGUGUGAAGGUGACCACAACAUUCGGCAUUCUUCUAAGAAGCAUAGUGCAAAGGAUCUGGCUUGUGUAUCUAAUGGGCAAAAAGCCAUCUGGAGGUAUUCUCUGCAAGAACAGGACAUGCAGAGAAAUGACGCUUCUUGCAAGGAGCCUGUUGCCACACAAAUUGCAGAGCAAAAGUCGCCACCAAAGCUUCCGCCAAAGACCUCCACUAGAAAGAAACGCUUGGCUCCACAGCCUCCUGGUGGCAGUAUUACUCCAACUGGGACACUGCCGAGGAACCAGCCAGUGCCUCUUGUGGCUGUUCCUUGUAGCUCAUCUUCACACAGCACUGACAGCCUAAGUUUGUCCCGACGACGAUCUCACAAAAAGCCGGCACCACAGCCACCCAGAUGUGAUGGCUGGCAUUCAGUAGCCAAGUCAGGGACUCUCCCAAGUGGAAUACAGAAAGGAUUAUAUGCCAAUGAAGCCAUAGAGGAUAGCAAAGCUGUGAUUACCUUGAAAACACAGUCGCUUCCCAUGGGCGAUGUCAACAUGCCUGGCACCUCUGCUGUUCGUCUUUAUUUGCUUGAAAGCCAGCGUGGUCAAGAAGCUAAAGAAAAACAAGAAUUUGGAAAAAAUUUAGCUGACUUGGUGGUGAAGCCUGACCUUCCCGUUAAAAAUAUUCCAUGUCCUGUGACCUAUAUGGGCAGUGACAACACUGAGUCUAUUGGAUGUAGUAGCUCUAUUCAGAAUAAGAACAAUAAUGACAGGCAAAAUAUUAAAACAGUUGAUGAGAUGGACAAACCAGCACUUUUGAGACCAGUGGCUUCAGAAGGUGAAAAAAGGGAUGCUCACCAAAAUCAAGCCUCCAAUCGUGAAGUGAGAUCGUCCACUCUGCCACGUACAAGGCAGUGCCCUCCCAUUUUAGAAGAGGAGGAGCCAUAUGCCAGCACAGUAGUAGGUGGAGAAUUCAACAACUUGGAAUCUGUACUAAAACGUAAUUCGAAUGUGUUUGAGCUUUUAGAUGCUUUUAGCAAGCUUGAAUUGAAUUCUGAUGAGACUCAAAAGGACAGUGAGCCUGAGUCACCAAAGCACUCUAGAAAGCAAGUGAAAUCACUGAAGUCACUUUUUCAGAAACACCCAACAGAUGCCAGCAAAGUUGUUUCUACAAAGUGGACAUAUACACCAAUGGAAUCCAAGAAAGAGAAUUUCUUGACUGCUGUAAUGCCUGGAUCUGCCAUUGCUGCAAGACUUGAAGAUAGGGAAACAGCAGAUUCCAAGAUAGAAAACAGUGAUGCAAGUUCAUGGGGUUCAGAGCCAAAGUGUGUGAAGAACGUGCCAUCUCAGUUGCCUUUGAAUACACAGUUGGCAUCCUGUCGAAUGAACCUCAAACCCGUUAGCCACUCUCCUGACUUUGGCAGUGUGUUUUGCAAGCUGCGUCCACAAGCAAGUAACUCUUCCUCUGGAAACCCACCUUGGAAACACCAACUGCAAGCUGGGAAAGGGCUGCCAGACGAACCAAGACCAAGUGCCUCAGAGCUGCCAGCUGUGGAGACUAAAAAUAAAACUUCCGGAGGGAGAAAAGAAGGCGGAGGGGGCCGUGUUGGCGAAACUGCCUCGUGUGCAGUGGUGGCUGCCACAACGGCAUGCUCAUUUGAAAUGAUGGCAGGCAAGGCCACGCCUGUGUCUUUAUCCCAGGCCUCUACACAAGCCAGUGCUCAUACGAGUUCAGGAAGGCAACGACCACCUGUGCACCCAAAUUCUCCAACUGCUCUUAUGCAAGCAAAAUUACCAGCUCUAUUUCGGCAGCUUGAAGAAGCAAUUAGCAAAGGCGAGCAUGACAGAGCUGCAAUUUUGGCAAGGGAGCUGGCUAUGUACAAGGUCUCUUGUUCACUGCGUCGAGUCCGGAAAGUAGCACCAGACCCUAAGCAGUUUAUAGUAAAAAUGUAUGUUGAAGACAGGAAGUCUCAUGUCGGUCCCAUUUCAUUGCCAGUCCAUCCAGAGAUGACUGUCAGCAACCUUAAGAAAAAGGUUGAGACUGAGUACAACAUUCCUGCAAGGGUUCAGCGAUGGAUCCUGGGCAAAAACCUGGCCACUGAUGAUGGGGCUACGCUGGAACACUUUGGUGUGAGCCACAGUGCGUGUCCAGUUUUCCUGUACCUGGUGAGCCCAGCAGAGGAGCUAAGGGCUGAAGAGGUGAUCCGAAACAGAUGCUGGAAGCCCCCAGAUAGCAUUGCUAGCACUGAAGAAGGCGAAGAGUUGGCGAAUACAAUAGCCAGGCAUGAACCCUCUGAAGCAUCAAGUACUUUGGAUGCCCUCCUCAAUGACCGUGCAGCAGGGUGGACCUGUCAGCUGUGUGGCAUAAAUAAUACUGAACCAGACACCUGUGCAAUGUGUGGUGUUGCAAUGGUUGUUGAUGCCACUGAUCAUACUGAUAUGGAUGCUAGUCGCCCAAGUGUGGGUCCUGACCAUAAUGUUGAAGCUGCACUUGGUUAUAACACUGAACCCAGUGAAGUACAUGACCUAGCACAUGACCAACUUGAGGCCAAUAACAGUCAUGCUGAAGUUGACUUUCCACUCAGUCAGUUAAGGGAGGAUGGAAGCCACGGUGCGGAACCAGAACAAGUGCCUCCACUGGAAACUUUAUUGCCUCAAGACUACAUGCGACUUGUUGAACUUGAUGAACAAGACUUGGUGCCAAGCAUGGAAGCAUUUGAGUGCUCUGUUUGCUUUCUAGGCAUAGAACCUGGCCAAGGGGUCUUGUUGAGAGAUUGCUUACACAUGUUUUGCAGAGAUUGCUUGUCAAACUCUGUUCGCUAUGCUGAAGAGGCUAUAGUAAAGUGCCCCUUCAGGAACAAUGAAUAUUCAUGCAGCAGCCAUCUACAAGAACGGGAAAUUAGGGCGCUGGUGAGCCCUGAGGUGUAUGAGCACCACUUGUCACGUAGUGUGAAGACUGCGGAGAGCCAGGCACCUAACAGCUUCCACUGCAAGACUGCAGACUGCCCUGGCUGGUGCAUGCUGGAGGACAAUGUCAAUACCUUCAUGUGCCCUGUGUGCAGCCACUCAAACUGCCUCACUUGCCGGGCCAUUCACGAGGGCAAGAACUGUCUCCAGUACCAGGAUGAGCUAGAUUUCAAUGCCCCCGAUGGCCAGGAGGCAAAGCAGACUAAGGAAUAUUUAGAUAAUAUGGUAAAGGAGGGCCAAGCUAUGCACUGCCCACAGUGUCGUGUUAUUGUCAUGAAAAAGUGGGGUUGUGACUGGCUCAAAUGCUCCGUGUGCCAGACAGAAAUCUGCUGGGUUACUAAAGGUCCGCGAUGGGGUCCUCAGGGCAAAGGAGACACUUCUGCUGGCUGCAAAUGUGGAGUGAAUGGAGUAAAAUGCCAUCCUAAGUGCAAUUACUGCCACUGAUCUGUGCACCUCGAGUGAAUUGAGUGAGAUGUGUAUAGGUGCAUUUUUAUUAAUGGCAAGAAAACAUUUCCUUGGUUGCUUAUUUUAGCAGUAUUUAGUUACAGGCCUAGUAUUGUGUGUACAUCAGUGAGAAACCCAUGCAAAGCAUGCAAAAUGUAGUGCAUUAACUUUUUUUUUUUUCACUUAUAUAGUGUGUUGCCAAAGGCUUUUACCAAGGUGUACUUACAAAAGGCUCUAGCCACUAUAUGCAAUACAUAUGAUCUUGUCAGGCUUCCUAAUAAUUGGAAGUGUUAAUACAGCUGGGCCCAGAUGCAAUGAACACUAUCAAUGCACAAAAUAUGUUUGCUGUGUCAGAAGUUUGUUAUAGUUGGACAUGCUCUUAGGAUUGCCGAUACAGAAUUCAACAAGUUGCAGAAGAGAUGUUUUAUUUCCAAAAUUGAUGUGCACCACAUUUACUGGCAAAAAUUGGUGAUUGAGCUCUCUAUGAAUAGUUUCCACCCAUCAAUGCUACUCUACAAUUUCGUAAACUGUCAACAUGGUUGUGGGUUAAGCCCCUGGUGUGUACAGAAUGCUUGAACGAGCUACAAAGCUUAAGGCAGGUGAUGUCAAGAUCACUGGGGCCAAUCCUCUGCUUGUUGUCCCUUUCACGGCUCGUCGAGACGCUGCCAUUUUACAGUUCAUCUCGUUCAUUGUAACCGACCUGAGCGGACUGUUCCUCAUAGACUCUUUGUAAAACAUUUUGGUUGUUGGGAAACUAUUUGUAGUAGCUGAAAAUUCACUCCAAGUGGGAUUGUUAUAUGUGGACUUGACUGUAUAUGCAGAGACGAGACUGUGAGGCUUGAGUUUGUCUUUCAUAAUGCCGGAACUUGAGAGAACAUUGCAGCUCCUACUAUCUCUCAUGGGUUGCAUGGGACUGCAUACCUUGUUAUCUUCGAGUAGGAGGUGAUUGUCAGCAUUGAGGACACAUCCAUUCAGAGAGCUUAGCUAUUGUGGCACUAGCCUGCUUUGAUGAUUUAUUGUGCGUUUGAUACCACAGUUUGAAAAGAUUUUAGCUGACAUUGUAUGUGCUUCAUAUGGAAAAGAGAGAAAAAUUAGACUUGGCAAAAGCAGCAAGCAGUAAGUUUCCUAAAGGCCCGUAGAUUUUGCUGCUAGAAUAAAUGUUAACAUUCAGACACACAGCCUUGUAUUCCCUAUUGUAACUUCCAAUUCACGAGUGUUGAUGCUCAAAGGUUCAUAGUUUAUUUGUGUAAUAGUCUUUGAAAAGUCAAUUUAAUUGUGCUCAGUUGAGUGGAACAAUUACUUUUGUCACUUGAAAAUUCUCUACACUUUGGUAGUAUCUGAAGCACAGACAUGUUUCACACUUUCUUGCACAGUGACUUAUCUCAUUAUUGUCUGUAGAUCCCGAUCACUAUUUCAUAUGCACAUCAUUGCCAUGACUAAGCACCCUCCCUCUUCUCAGUGUGAAGAGCUAGAAAAGCAUUCAUGUGCAAAUAUAAACAUACAGUUUGUAUCAGCUUUUGACAUUGGUGCCGGUGUUGUUGUGAAGUCUUUCAAAGCAUGCUGCAAAAAAAAAAAGGAAAGGAGAAAGUAGGCUUUAUUGACUCUGGUUCCCUUACCUCAACUAGGGUGAACAGCAGCCUUUACGAGUCCCCGAGGCCUCAAUACACUAGGUAAUUUCGUGUUGUCUUGAAAAGAACCCCCUUUGGGAAAUCUUGGAGAUAACUCCAGGUGACACCUGAAGAACUGUAAACUCCUGUACAAUGCUAGGCACCUCCUUAACAAUUUGAAGCACGCAGAUUGCAUAUGGCUGCAGAUGUAUGCUGUAUGUUGUGCCAUCCAUUGCCAGGGAGGACAUGCAAGGCAAGCCUAGUUGGUGGGCCCUCCACAAUGUGGCCUUUACUGAAUUUGUCUUACUCUUGGUGCAUCUUUCGUGUGUGUAUUUGCUCCACAAACCUUUGAAUCUCGCAGACAGCACAAUCGGCACCAAGCAAAUGCUGUUGGAGCUGAAGAAGAGUGUGCCAGAGUGUAUGUGCACCAGUGUUGCAGGCCUCUUGUCUAGAUCAAUGCUGUGGUAUGGUGCACAAGAUGAACCUGAAGGAACACUUGAUAUUUGUUGCAAGUACAACCUUUGUCAGAAAAAUUCCAGGACUGAGCUUAUAAAAUAUUAUUUAUUCAACUUGCAGACUAUAAUGACUCUAGGUCUUGUCAAAGUAGUCCCCAUGCCUAUCUACCCACAGUUUCCACCUUUUUUGGAGGUCAUGAAAGCACGCAGGAAAAGCUUCAUCUGGGAUGCUCUCUCUUCACCACAUGAGUCACAGCAAUUUGGUUUGCUGUUUUAUCUUCAUGAUGCUUCCCUUGCGGCAAUUUCACAGGGGGAACAAAAAGAAAUCGCACUGCGACAGGGUAUGUGAAUAGGGGGAAUAUGGUAGAGUAGGAAUAUGUUAUUUGGCCAGAUAUUCCUGGACUGAUACAGCAAUGUGGGACCUCGUGUUGUUGUACAAGAACCACUGUUGUGCAGAUUGACAACAUAUUGGGACAGUGCUGAUGAAUUGCUUGGUAAAAAUGUUUUGGCAUGUUAAUGUAAAAGUUUUGGUUUAUUUCUUCGAUGGCAACAGUGCAAGAGACGAGACAAGCAGGUAAACGAGAACAAAGUCGUAUCAUAAAAAGCCAAUGAACACUGACACCAAGGACAACAUAGGGGAAAUUACUUGUGCUUAAUAAAUGAAAUAAAGAAACAAUAAAUUCAUGGAAAUUAAAAUGGAUGAAAAAACAACUUGCCGCAGGUGGGGAACGAUCUCACAACCUUCGCAUUCAUUUCUUUAUUUCAUUUAUUAAGCACAAGUAAUUUUCCCUGUGUUGUCCAUGAUGUCAGUGUUCGUUGGCUUCUUAUGAUGAGACAAGCAAGUGACACACACAUACACAAAGUGCUGCUCCCAUCUGCGCUAUUCCCAUAAAAGAUGUUGGCUUACCAACAAGUUUGAAUUAAGGCGUUUUUGGUUUAUUGUUUGUAUUUCUAGCAGAUAUUGAUGGUGUAUCAAGCCUUUGUCAUCAAGAAAUGAGAUUGACAUUGUCUUUUCAAUGGUUGCUGCUUCAAUUUUUAAGAGGGAAGUGAACCGUGACUUUGCUAUUUGGCACUUUGUCACUUUAUUUGAGGGUCAUACUGGUAGCACCAACUUCAUCUCUGGCAGUGAUGCUUUAACGCAAAUGUGGUAUCACUUCUGGCUCUUUCCAAAAGUUCAGCAGCAAAUGUUUGUCUAAUUUCUUUCUGUUUCAUCUGUCAAUGUGGUGACACUAUUGUUGCAUUCAGUUUCCAUUUUCCUGAAUUGUUGCAUAUGCUCUGGUGACAUGCAUCCCUGUUCAUUUUCAUCUUUUCUGAUAUCAUGCGCAGAGGAACAUUGCAAUUUUCAUGCAGUAAGUGCCUUACUCAGGCCACUCGCAGCCGUAUGCGUCACUGAUGGGUCGCCAGCUCUGGAAUUGCCUUGCACUGAAUCUCUGCCCUCCAAAGCCUUUGGUGCCAGUCACAGACACAGCUUCUAUAUGUCUCUAUAUACUUGCCGAAUCACAUUAAAAAUCAGCCCUGGAAUUUUCCUGAGAAAGGGCAUCUUAUCUGUUCACUCAUGCAGAGUGACUAUGGUGUAGAAAUAGUUGAAACCAUAUGAUGUUCUUUUAAUCUCAGAUAAAUCUAACUCAGUUGUCCUUUCUUUUUAUGUUGUGGUGCAAAGCAAAGCAUGAUGAGCAAACACAUGAACCACGACGAUCAGCAUAUUUCUUACCUCAUAACUGCUGUUUUCAGUAAAAGCCUUGAUGAAACUGACGAACACAUGUUGGGGGCGUACUGAAAGGAGAGGGCAGUAGCUCAAGAAGCAGCAUGGAGGACAUGUCAGGUGGCAGCAUGAGCUGAUGGCUGUAAAGGAAUGGGGUGAUGAUGAUCAGUCAUUUACUGAUCUGACCAUUUCUUUUUUCUUAGCAUUUGAAAUGACUGGUUCUUUUGAGUAUGUUUCUGUGCAAUGAUAUGUGCCUUGUAUGAAGUUGUAAUGUUUUAUUUGCUUUGAAUAUAAACAUGCUUCUCCUAGCGGGUCAUCAUGCAGAUAAAAAAAAAAAGUUGGGUGCUAGAAUUAAAGAAAACAAAAAACUUUUGCUGCUCAAUAACAGCCUGUUAUUGUUAAGCCGUUGUGAUGGGAGGGCAGGUUGGCUGUCAUGUGCAGUGUGUAUGUGCUUGGGAUGCCAGUUUUCUGUAGUCCUCAUGCCCCCAUGCAUCUGCUUGUGUAUACAAAAGAGAUACAUUCAGUGAUGUCUUGUUGGUUCAAUUUUGUUGGUUGAAUGUAUCAUAAUGUUGACAAGUUAGAGGCUCUUUAUUAUUUGCCAGUGCUGCAAAUAAGUGUGGCCUCUUUUUAAUCUAUGAAUCUGUUUGUUUUUCAGUAACGCUGAAAAUAGGGCGAGUUGAGCAAGACUUGUAUUAGAAUAUUUGAGAGAUGAGCAUUCUUUGAAAAGUUUUUCUAGUCACUUGAUUGAACUGGAAGGAAAUGUUUAUUAUGUUGAUGGAAACAAUAAAGCAUUAAUAAUUUCAA